AUGGCAUCCCACUCGGUUCACCUCCAGGCGGCGGACGAAGAACGCAGCUGGGCAGGCGACUUCGAUCCUUUUUCGGAUCCGGAGGAACGGAGGGUCUUGUUUGCGGCCUUUGACUCUUUCAGACAAUAUCGAAGAACCGCCCACUUCAACACCACCCAUCGCCGCCGAAAGGCGUUCUAUGCUCUGCCUUCCGCCCACUGGCAGAUGCUGGCUGAGCCACCAUUCUCCGUGCUGGACAGCUUCAACAAAGUCGACGAUGCCAUCGACACGAACGCGGAGAUCGCCGAGGCCAUUCUCGCCGUCGGCCUCGAGUCCUUUGACUCGACGCCGACCCGGAUCCUAACGACCCGUCCCGCAACUGGCACGGCACCGCAAAAGGCGGGGACUGCCGAGGGCCAGCCCGAGCGUGACGUCUGCUAUGGCCCAGUCUUGGAUGAUCUACGCACCGAGUUUGAGACACAACGAACCGCGGGCGAGCAGAUCCGCGUGCUCGUACCUGGUGCCGGCCUGGGACGCCUUGUUUUUGAUAUCUGUAUGGCCGGGUACUCCGCCGAAGGCAAUGAGAUCUCCUACCACCAGCUGCUGGCCAGCAGCUGGGUCUUAAAUCAUACGGAGGGACCGCAAAAACACGCGCUAUUCCCCUUUGCACUACAUUUUUCGAAUCUCCAAUCCCGCGCGCAACAGUUACAGCGCAUCGCCAUCCCGGACAUCCACCCGGGCACCGCCAUGGCCCAAGCCACAGCGGCUACCACUCCUGGGCCCGAUCAGCAGCAGCCAUUGGGGGCGAUGAGCAUGUCGGCAGCCGAUUUCGUCGUGCUGUACAUGCAGCCCACGAACCGGGCGGCUUUCCACGCGGUCGCGACCGUGUUUUUCAUCGACACGGCGCCCAAUUUAAUCCGCUACAUCGAAGCGAUCCGGCAUUGUCUUCAGCCGGGCGGGCUGUGGAUCAAUGUCGGCCCGUUACUGUGGCAUUUCGAGGAUGGGCACGAGCAACAUCCCCGCAAAGCCGACGCACAGGCGGCAGAGGAUGGCCCGGGCAUCGGCGAGCCUGGCACUGUGGAGUUGACGGCGGAGGAAGUGCUGAGCCUUGUGGAGCGCAUGGGCUUCCGGGUUGAGCAGCGGGCGAUGGUGGAGCGGCCGCUGUGCGGCUAUAUCCAGGACCGGGAGAGCAUGCUCCAGAACCUGUACCGGCCGGAGCAUUGGGUGGCGCGGAAAUUGUAG